UGUCUGUCGGAGGAGACGCGAACAGAGGGAGACAUGCCGACAUUCUCCGGUGAAACUCUGGUUUUCGGUUCUUUAAUCAAUUUGAUAUCUUUCUGUCGGUGAAUUUAUUUAAACAUGACAAGCUAACGGGUUGUAAAUGACAGACGUUGGGUUUGUUCGAUGGUUUCGCCGACUUAAUUAAACAAACAUGGUGUCAAGCAUAGAUACGGUAUAAAACAUUUAGUUUAGUUUUAUUGUGUCAAGUUUCAACCGGUUUUGAGUAACAUGAGAGGUAAUCUCAGAGUUACAGAUUCUGACUGAAGCUGUUUAACCUCUUUUUUGGUAAUGGGCUCGGUGACUUCUGCUCUAACACGGACAAGAAACGCGUUGGUGAAAGUGGGUUCAGAGCCGGAGGACCCGGACAGAAGCCAGUCCGCUCCGCAGUCGGACCGGGCCAAGAAGAAGAGCACGCGGUUUAACGUCUCGAGCCAAACAGGACUGCAGAGUUCCCGCCAGGCGCUGUCCGAGGUGCUGAGCAGACAAGACUCCGUCGGAGCUAAACGCACUUUGAAGAAAAAGUCUUCUCACGGUCAACAGAGCAUGGCGAAUGAAGAUGGGGAAAGCUCCACCAGACCACAGGCCAGUUUUGCACGCUCAAAGUCCCAGAGUGCUUUGUGGAACGCCAUCACGGCAGGGAUGGGGAUCAAAGGCAAAGAGCAGAAAGCCCCCCCGAAUGACACACGGAGUCCUGAAGAGAUUCUGGCUGAUGAUCUUCCUGCAGCAGAUGAGCCAGAUGCCACAGAGAAAACAGCCAUCAGAUUACGAUGUCUGGUGAAGCAACUGGAGAGAGGAGAGGCUUCCCUCACUGACCUCAAGAAAAACCUUGAGUAUGCAGCGUUGGUGCUGGAAUCUGUUUACAUUGAGGAGACGAGGCGUUUGGUGGACACAGAGGAUGAGCUCAGUGACAUCCAGUCAGAGUCAGUGCCCUCAGAGGUGCGGGAUUGGCUGGCCUCUACCUUCACUCGCCAGAUGGGCCUAAUGCUGCGGCGCAACGAAGAAAAACCCCGCUUUCGCAGUAUCGUCCACGCUGUCCAGGCUGGCAUAUUUGUCGAGAGGAUGUACCGGCGUACCUCUAAUAUGGUGGGACUCAGCUACCCAUCUUCUGUUAUAUCUGUGCUUAAGCAUGUUGACAAGUGGUCGUUUGACGUGUUCGCUCUGAAUGAGGCCAGCGGGGAUCAUGCGCUUAAAUUCAUAUUCUACGAGUUGCUCACAAGAUACGACCUCAUCAGCCGUUUCAAGAUCCCGAUCUCUGCGGUUGUAUCCUUCGUGGAAGCCCUAGAAGUGGGAUACAGUAAACAUAAAAACCCCUACCACAACCUGAUGCAUGCUGCUGAUGUCACGCAGACUGUACAUUACUUGCUACUCAAGACUGGCAUGGUGCAUUGGUUGACUGAGCUUGAGAUCUUUGCCAUGAUCUUUGCGGCGGCGGUGCACGACUACGAGCACACAGGGACCACAAACAACUUCCACAUUCAGACAAGGUCAGACACAGCUAUCCUGUACAAUGACCGUGCAGUGUUGGAGAGUCAUCAUGUCAGCGCAGCCUACCGCCUGCUGCAGGACGACGAUGAGAUGAACAUCCUCUACAACCUCUCCAAGGAUGACUGGAGAGAGCUGCGGGCUCUGGUGGUGGAGAUGGUGUUGGCCACAGAUAUGUCCUGCCACUUCCAGCAGGUUAAGACCAUGAAGAACUUCCUACAGCAACCUGAGGGCAUUGACAAGCCCAAAGCCCUUUCAUUGCUGCUGCACACGGCAGACAUCAGCCACCCAGCCAAAAGUUGGGACCUCCACCAUCGCUGGACCACCUCCCUACUAGAGGAGUUCUUCCGACAGGGGGACAAAGAAUCCGAGCUUGGCGUGCCGUUCUCUCCGCUCUGUGACCGAAAGUCCACAAUGGUGGCCCAGUCCCAGAUUGGGUUCAUCGACUUCAUUGUGGUGCCCACCUUCACUGUGCUGACGGACAUGAUGGAACGUAUUGUCAAACCGCUUAUUGACGAGGCAUCCCAUUCAGGUUUUGCCGGCUUUAGACGCUCAAGUCUGAACAGUCUUAGCUCAGAAGAGACCAAGAGGCACAGUUUGAAGAGCUCUGACAGCAGCUCGUCUGGACAAAGCUCUCUGCUGACGGUGGACCAGAAGAACUUCAAGGCCUUGUGGAAUGAAGAGGUUUAUCAGAACAGAGAGAGGUGGAAAGCUCAGGCUGCUAAAGAGGCAGAGGAAAGAGCUAAAAGGGAAUUGGAGGAGAAAGCCCAGCAGGAAGAAGCUAUGGAGCCCCAGGAGGUCCACACAGAACCAGAACAGCCUGAACCAAAGGAGGACGAAUUGGAGGGAGAAGAGCCAGAGUCAGCGGAGGUCAGCGAACAAGAUGGUAACAUGGGGGAAACAGAACCAGAAGUGCAGCCUGGGAGCGCCACACACAAGAAUCCUCCACUACAGAACGGAGAGUUGUCUGAAGGGACUGAAUCUCCAGAGGAUGAAGAAAAAAAUAACAAAAGUGACAAUGCAGAGGUGGCGAUGGAAUAAGCGAGCUGGGGAGAAUUGCGGCCAUUCUUCUGCAUCAUCUUUGCUGCUGACCUAACCCUGCUUUAACCUGUAAGGAGGGACUCAAACUCACACCAGAGGAAAGUCCAUUAGUUGGACUGUGACGCCCUCUACAGGACACCAAGAAACUGACACUUUCACUUCCUUUUUUGUCUCUGUGAUCAACUGUUUUUACUUUUACCUUGUUUAUACUCCUAGGCUCUUAUAUACAGAGCUUGCAACUCUACCCAUGUGCAUUAUUACUACCUACCUGCUUACUGAUAGGGUUAGACCUGAUAAGGUGACGUCAGCGAUGGUGGGGAUCAAGAGGAGCCUUUGUAACACUGACACUGAAAAUGUUCUUUUUUUAGUUAUCCAAUCUUUUACUGUGCUCAAAGUUGUGUGUUCAACUCAGCCACAGACAUGUAGUCUUUGUACAAGUCCCACAUCUCACUCCUGUGUUAUGCAUCUCUGACUAUCUCUUGGUAACAUAAGGUUAUUUAGAGACAGUAGGUGUUGCGUCACAGUCAUUUAUUUUGGUACUUACUGAAUAAUACAUGCAGAUUUGUGGAAAACGCAAAAUAGAAGGACUUAUAUAGCUGCUAAACAGUAUGUAUAGCACAUGAGUAUGUGUAUAGUAAACUGGGGUUGAAUUCACAGGUUUAUAGCUCUACAAUUUUACUAGAAAAUGCUUCUUAAACACUUCCACUCUAUAUAGAAAACAGAACUUUCCCCUGUCCUUUAGGAGCUCCUGUUGGGAACCUCCUGUUUGCAGAGGCUACGACAAAAAAAGUUUCUUUUCACCAGUUGUGGCUCAUUUUUUUCCCUUUCACAUUACCCAGACAUUGUGCAAUUACAUGCCUCUGUGUUCCUUGUAGCCAGGUUAAUAUAUUAUUUCUGUCCUCUUUAUUGUAUAUAUUGGAAGUUUGUAUAUGUAUGGAUCUGAGGAGGAGUUUUAAAAACACAAUACAAUACACCACAACAGAUAUUUUUUUGUGAUAUACUGUAAGAUAUUGGGUUGAAAAAUGUCCAAAACUUAGAAUGCAACUUUUACAUUUCAAACAUAUCACACAUUCAAGUUUUUAUAAUACAUACAAUCUUUUUCUUUACCAUUUUUUUUGACAUUCACAUUUGUUUUGCACUUGUUGUGUCCUAUAUGAAUCAUGCACUAGAUGUGUCUAAUAUCCUCAUACUGUAUGUCAUUUUUUCGUCAAAAAACUUCUUCUCAAUGCCUUCUUAUAUGUAUUUAAGCUGUAGCAAAAAGUCAACAUUGUCGCUGAAUUAGAAAAAAUAUCGUAUAUAUGUAUUUUUUUGCAGUACAGUUAUGUAAGAGCAGCUUCGCCUACGAGGUUGUUGGUGUAAUGUUUUUUUUGACGUGUUUACAGUGUGCUCUUACACCUAUUAGCCAGUUGAAUCCAUCAUGCUUCUGUGAUGCAUCCGAGGCUAUUAGUCCAAACUGUAUCUGCUUCUUGGUUGUUUGCCAGGUUUUUAAGGCUUGUAAUGUUGUGUAUAGGAGAUGCAAAUAUUGCUUACUGUGCAUAUGUAAAAUAUUGAACCUCUGCAAUGCAGCUUUUACUAUAUACUUAAUGUGUAAUUGGAUGAAAGAAGCAUUUUGGCAGUAUUUGCAUACUGAUGAGUUUUUUCCUGAAAAUUUUGCACUUUUAUUUUGUUUUUCCUUAUGUUUAAAAUUAUUUUGGUAUGGAAAUCCUAAAAUUGAUUGUGCCAAGAUCAAGUUCUUGGCAUUUAUUUUAAAGUAUACUGUACAUGUGUAUACUGUUAUCUAUACUUUAACAGGGGUUCAGAAGGGUUAAAUAAUUUAACACCUAUACAUUUAUAUAAAACUGUUGGAAUUCUUUUUUAGCCUGUUUGUUUUAAUACACACUUCUCAUUUUUAUAUUAUAAACAGAACUUUGUGUUGAGAUAUAAAGCAGUUUAUCAUGUAAUGUAACCACAUGCUACUUUCUACCUAAAAAUACAGUCAGUGGUUAGCAAGCCAGCUGCCUGAAUGUGUGCCUAUAUAGAUGUACUUUCCUUUUCACACCUUUCACCUGUAGGAAAACUGAUUUUGUGAUGUCAUUUGAAUCUGUGCUGAUUCAGGUACAGUCAAACAAAACAGAUCAUAUCCUACUCAAAUUAGUCGCUCUUAAGAGUCUUGAGUAAAGACUUUUAUGUAAGACACUGUUGGGAAGUCUGUCUGGAAAGUCAGAAGUUUGAUGUAGAUGCAGAUGUGUAAUAUUUAUAGUGGUAUAUUUUGCUCUUUUUCAUUUAGAAAAAUCUAUUUUAUAGAUUUAUAGCUUUUUGUUUGGUUUUACUGUAAAGUUUGCUGGGUUGUCAAAAAGUAUGUUGUCAACUUGUAAUGACAUUGUUCUGUUGUCAUUUUGUCUCUCCUCUCUGGUUUUAUUUGUCCCUGUGUGUGUCUGUUAGAUAUGUUGUAUUCCACCCGCUCUGAAGUCAAAACAAUUCAAAUGGCUCAAAACUCAUAACUGUAAAUCUUAAGUGUAACAAUCAUAUAAGAAUGUUAUUCAUAAAUAGAAUUCAUUGUGUGCUCAAAAUAGCCUGCCUGACACUUGGAAAAGUGGACUAUGCUUUCUGUAUCCAGGGACCAACACAUGUACAGUCUUGUAGUUUGCUCCAUCUUUCACUUGCUACUGUGAUAGCCUACUGUAUGAAUAUUUAACAAGAAUUUAUACCAAACAUAAUCAGAAACAUAGCUGAAUUUAUGACAGGUAAAGACUUCAUAACAUGGUGUUUCACUAUGAAAAGAUUAUUUGUUGUUUGUUUAAUGCUUUGUUUCCUUGUUUAGUCUGAAUCACUCUAUGACAGAUCUUAAACUGUUGACUGAGGUUAAAUGGAUGUAAAGUGUGUGUUUGUGUUUGUGUGUGUGUGUAUGCAAGCGUGUGUGUGUGUGUGUGUGUGUGUGUGUGUGUGUGUGUGUGUGUAAAAUUGCCGAAAAAUACUUAAUGUGCAUUUAUGAUCUCCUCACUGUGACCUGCUCUAUUACUGAGAGUGUGAUGAGAGCGUGUGAAUGUGUGUGUAAGUGUGUUCUUGACAUGGGCUACUUUGGGGGACACAUUUAGGCUAAAGGCUAAUUAACUGGGGACGGCCUCACCAAUUGGUAAAUUUUUUGGGUCUGUGGUUAGGGUAAGAGUAAGUAGCCAAGAAAUUAAUGUAUGUCUUUGUAUGUCCCCGAAUGUGACUUAAGUUGUGUGUGAAUGUGUGUGCGUGAGCGUGUGUGUGUGUGUGUGUGUGUGUGUUGUGUGUGUGUGUGUGUGUGUGUGUGUGUGUGUGUGUGUGUGUGUGUGUGUGUGUGUGUGUGUGAGUGAGUGAAAGAAAGAGAGAGAGAGAUAGAGAGAGAGACGGAAACAAACAGUGAUGCAGUGGACUGUUACAGCUGGUAUAUAAUUAUCACCCUUAAAAGCAUAAUCAACAAAUAGAUGUCAGCAUUUUUUUUCCACAUUAACGAUCCAAUGCUCAUAUUUUGUGUAUGGACUACCAUAUCAGGCCGAUUCCACUGGAUAUGUUUACAUAUAUAAAACAGAAGUAGAAAUGUUAUAAAGAUGAAAUGAUUAAAUGAAGUUGGGCUAAAUGGUGGGUAAACUAUUAAAAAACAAAGGUGAGAAGUCAAACUAUCUAUCUAACAAAAAAACACCGCCUUAGGUUCAACCUCCACUACAGAUACGAAUAGACAGAGGGACUAAGAGAGUGUGUAUGGGUGUGUGUGCAUGUAUGUGCAUGCAUGUGUGUGUCACUGUCCCAUGCCGGCCAGGCGGUCGUGUGUGCCACCAUGCUCUGUGACUGCACAGCUGUAUCAAUAAAUUUGGACUCAAAGGGCUCA